AUGGCAUCCAAGAAACCCACCAAGGCUGCUGCCGCCGACGUCGAUGUGGACGAGCUAUUCAAAGACCUCGAAGAGGAAACGAAAGCUCCCGCAGCCAAAGGCGGAGCUCCCAGCUCCAAAGCUGCCAAAGGAGUUCCGUCACAGACAGAAGAGGAUUUAUUUGCAGAUCUCGAGAAAGACCUCGAGAAAAGUGCACAGCCUGUCAGCCGGCCGCACACUCCAAGAAUACAACAGGUAAAGCGCUCGACACCACCUCCAGGUUCCACGCGCACGAGCGAAGACAAGCCAGCCCCUCCACGAAAAUCUGGCGAAAGCACCCGGUCAUUCCACACAAGUUUCACUCCUUCAGCGACCAGCAGCGAGCUUCAGGAGGCUGAGAAGAAAUCUGCAGCAGCGCAGCCUGCGGAAAAGGUCGUAGAAGCUCCUGCAGCUGGUGGAGGAUGGUGGGGAAGCUUCACCACCGUUGCCAGUGCGGCUCUCAAGACUGCCGAGGCCGCGGUCAAGGAAGUCCAGCAGAACGAAGAAGCGAAGCGAUGGGCAGAACAGGUGAAGGGGAAUGUCGGCGCUCUCAAGGGUUUUGGCGGUGAUUUGCGGUCAAGAGCCUUGCCAACAUUCACCAAUAUACUCCACACCCUUGCGCCUCCCAUUUCAUCGCACGAACGACUUCAGAUACACAUUACCCAUGACUUUAUCGGCUACCCUUCCCUGGAUCCUCUCAUCUAUUCCACAUUCUCGAGGGUAAUGGCUCAGGUGGAGGGCGGUGAUCUUCUAGUUAUUCAAAGAGGACAUGAAUCUACAGCUCGCCGAAACUCCGAGGCAGGUUAUUCAGGAGGCAGUGCAGGAUGGAGUGAUGGUCCAUGGUGGAGGCAAGGAAAUGAACAUCGAGAUCUUGGAUCUGUGAAGGGUCUAAUCGAGGGGACCAAGCUCGUCCGCAUUAGUGCGGAAGCAUACUCGACAGAAUAUUUCAAUUCAAAUGGCGGUUUAGAAGCUGCCGCACAGCGAGCGACAGAGGAUCUAAGCGAGUCGAACCCCGUGCGAAGUAGCGAUAUUUUCAUGGCGGUUCAGGCAAUCUCACAUGAAGUACCAGAGGAGCUCUUUCAAGGAAACUCGUCCAAAGAGAAGGAACAAUCAGGUGUAGCGGAAGACAAGGAGACUCCAGAUGAGUUGAUCUCAUUCGCCAUUUACCUGCACGACCCAGUACACAGCAUCACUUUCAACACACUUACCCAACCUAUUCCAGCGAAAUGGAUCAAAUGGCUCGACGCUCCUUCGCCAUUAACGCCAGCGUCUUCCACUUCACCUUCACACCAGAAGACAAGCUUUUUCGGGAGCGAGAAAGAACAGUAUCAGUCACCAAACCUCCCAGAGGAAAUCGCAGAAAUCAUUGAGAGCGGAGGUGUAGACCCAAGAGAAUGGGUUGCAGAGUGGGUAGAAGAAGUGUUGAGUCUUGGUGUUGGAGUUGUAGCUCAACGAUACGUUGCGCGCCGAAUGGGAGUUGGAGAGGGCGGUAUUGGUAGAGGGAAGGCGCGAAUGGAAGAGGUUCUUGAAGAUGGAGGCGGCGAAGCUGCGAGAGCUGGUUUAUUUUAA